UUACUGGGGUACGUUGACGUCUAGCUUAAUGACAACACGGCAGAUUGGUGCGGGUUUCGUCUUUUUCCACUCAUCUAUAAAAUGAAUUAAAUUUGAAGUGUUGAACAAAAACCAUCGACAACAAUUGUGCUAAAUCCACCUGUGUAAAUAAGUGCCAACCUGUGCGUUUAACUUACGUCUCCAGGAAGCGUUUCAUGCGCUAAUUUAGCAAGACACUUGCUGCCGCCGACGACGCUCCCAAGAAAUUCUUUAGCCUUAAGCAUUCGCAUCACAAGAGUCGUCAGCCAGCUGGAGCGGGAAGCGAGAGAGCUUUGCCUAACGAUAAUACCACGUAGCUUAUCUCUUUGGCAAGAUGAUUCCGCUAACGCACAAGGAUCGAAGCAAUUUUGGCUACCGUAUCAAGGAGAAGUUAAACAGCUGGAAGCGUCUCAUAUUCUCCGAUCGCAAUUCCCGCAAUUUGUUUCUUUUCCUAUUGCUCAAUUUGAGUUUUGCUUUCGUUGAGCUGUUUUAUGGCAUUUUGACAAACAGCUUAGGCCUCAUCUCCGAUUCGUUUCACAUGUUCUUCGACUGCACGGGUCUUUUAGCUGGUCUGGCUGCGUCAGUGAUAACAAAGUGGAAGGCCAAUGAUAAGUUCUCUUAUGGCUAUGUGCGAGCUGAGGUAUUGGCGGGCUUUGUGAAUAGCUUGUUUUUGCUCUUCAUUGCCUUCUUCAUACUGUCUGAGGGCGUAGAGAGACUAAUCGAACCGCCAGAAGUGAAGCACGAACGGUUAUUUGUCGUAUCCGUGCUUGGUCUACUCGUCAAUCUCGUUGGCAUAUACGCCUUUAAUCACGGGGGUCAUGGUCACUCCCAUGGCGGAGGUGGUGGUCAUGGACAUGGGCAUUCUCAUGGCGGCGGCGGUUCCAGUCAUGGACACUCUCAUAACCACAAUGAUCUCAACAAUCACAACCAUCAAGCGAUUUCAUUGGAUAAUGGACAUGGUCAUUCACACGAUCACAGCGGGAGCAGCAGCAGCCAUGGACACUCCCAUGAUUUAAGUGGAAGCGGCAGCAAUUCGCAGAUAAUGCGUGGUGUCUUCCUUCACAUUCUGGCCGAUACCCUUGGCUCCGUGGGCGUCAUUAUAUCGGCAGUGCUAAUGCAAAUGUUUGGAUGGAUGAUCGCGGAUCCGAUUUGUUCAAUUUUCAUCGCAAUUUUAAUAGCUCUAAGUGUGCUAAGUUUAAUUAAGGAAUCCAUACUAAUCCUUAUGCAGCGUCAGCCCAGCGCAUUGGACCGAUCGCUGUUGCAGUGCUACCAGAAAGUGACUGGCUUGGCUGGUGUUUAUUCCGUGCAGGAGCCGCACUUUUGGACCCUCUGUUCAGAUGUCUUUGUGGGUGCCAUCAAGCUUGAGGUGUCGAAGAAUGUUGAUCCCACAUAUGUGGUGACGCAUACGCGAAUGAUCUUUGAGUCUGUUGGUGUCAAGCAAAUCUAUGUACAGCUCGAUUAUGUGUGAUUAACGAAGAUCUAAACAUUAUGCCUAAUAACACCUAAUAUAUAUAUAUAUAUAUAUAUAUAUGUUUGAUCACUAUGUAUAUUGAGCAGCGUGUUGUGUAUGUAGUAUGUAACGAUGAGUGUUUUUUACCUAAAUUUUAGUUAAUUAAGCUGAAUGCGAUGCGCGAUAAAAUUGAAUCAAAAGAGCGGACUGUAAAGUAUAAUCUAAUCGUACCGAUAAGCUUGUCGAAAGUUUUGUUAAUUUAUUUUUUGUAAAUUGUUAAUACAAUUCAUUCCAAACAUACAUAUAACAUAUAUCAAAGCCUAUCACAAUGAACUUAGUGCAACAUUGCAGCUGUUGCUGUUUCCAUAUACAAACUUAGUGUAAUUGUAAUAUAUAAGUGUAAAAUUUUACAUUGAAAAUAGUACACACAAUUAUCUGGGAAGUCCUUUUUUUAAACAUAGACAGAACAAACUAACACUUAAAUCAUUUGACUGAAAAAAAUAAUUUAAAGACUCAUUCUAUUUAGCUUAAAUGGGAGUCUAAAAACAAAAUGCAAUUAUAAACAAUUGUGCCGCAUCAAAAUUAUGAACGAAAUAAAAAGAAAUUGUUAAAAUAUUUUAUAAAAAAAAAAUGGACCAAUUAAUGAACGUCGCGCAUGUUUUCCUUAUUAACUAUUGCUCAGGCCCAUUUGCAUAUACAUAUGUACAUCCGACUUAUAUUUUUUAAACAAUAUUUUGAACAAAUUACGUGCUUGACUGUAACUUCACAAUUUUUUUUUGCGAUUUUGGCACGGAAAAUACUUAAUACCGUUAAAUCGUUGUUUCAUUUCAAAAUUAUUUGCGGUUCACCAAAUACGUUACCAAACAUUUUUUAAUUAUUAACCUAAUAUUUCUCAAAUGCAAAUAAAUAGCGACUUCUGCUGUAUUUUCUUUACAUAAGAGAAUCAGAAAGUCGAAUGCUGGAAGUUGAAGUUGACUAUAGUACGCUGUUAAAUUGGCCGAAUCAUUACAAAUUUUUUGAAAAUUGAACCUUUUGCCGUAUUACAGAUAUGUAGAUCUGAAAUGUAGAAACUAAAUAAUUAAAUUUAAAACUUGUUUUUGCUUUUAACGUGACAUUAAAUUUCUUCUGGAAGUUUGUAAAUUAUUAUGUGCAUUAAAUUUAAUUGUUUAGUAACUACGAGUUUUAUUUCGAUUUUUUUAAAACCCUACUUCUUUUGUUAACUUUAUUGAAAAUCGCCUGGUCGAUAUCCAUUAAAAUAAUUCAGCCCAAUUACAAUAAAUAUGUAGUUAAUUUUUUGAUGGCAGCACUCGAUUGAAUUUUCUUUCUAAAUUUCCAUAAUUACAAAUAGAGAUUAUAUUAUUCAUAUUGCUUUACAUAAUACAUAGAUACUAGACGCAUGCAGUGGAUAUUGUGUUCUUUGUAAUGUAUUCUAAUUAACACAUUUUUUUAAAAGUACCGUUCUAAACAAAAAAUUGGUACAACUACUUAAGAACUAUACGCUGAUAUACGAAGUAAAACGAACGUGAAGUAGCUAGAUGAUGAAUAAACUUGUAAGUAACCUUGUGAAAAUUGGACAUCGUACAAAUGUAUAUUUGUAAGUGUAUUAACAACAGUAAGAAUAAAUCCACUCUUGGGUAGGCAGGUUAUGUUCAAUGCCGCAAAACGCAAGAAAUGUAGGACACAUUCUUUCAGCAAUCAUGUACUGCUGCAUUGCGCAGGUCUGUUUCAAUUCACUGUCAAAGGUCAAUAACUUUUUGCUUGCCCCAACCAAUAGCUGACUCAUUCAACUUUGUUCUGUAACUGUUAACAUGAUAUGUGCUGGAAAAAUGCAUAGGACCUUUAAAAUUAAAACAUCAAUUGAGAAUGCAGUAAAUGUAUAAGGUUUUCGUUUAUUUUUUUUUCGUACAUACAAAUAUGAUCUUUACCUCCGAUUCUUUUUGACAUUUUUAAUUGAAAACGUAAACAAAAGUAUACAUAAAUGUGGUUGAUAUAAAACAUUAAAUUACGUUUCUCUCCAGAUACCACAAAUUCGUUAGAUUUUGCUACUGUAUGUGGCUCCUGAUGGCGCAGUCUUUUGCUUUAACUAAAAUUUUUUUUUCAUAAUACAUCCAAAUUAUAAUGGUUGAGAGUUGUCAAUUUCGAA